UGGCAUAUUGAUACGUGUCGGCGGGGUAAGCCACGACUCGCUACGCUUUGCCAGUCGUGCAUACGCGGCCGCGUUCGUGUGUUUGAUGAGGGGUUGUUCCGCGACGGUGUUGAUUCUCCGGGUCCUUUGAGAAAAGGCCAGUCGUUCCACGGUGUUCAAGACAGUUGUGUCGUGACGCAGGCAAAAUGGGAUUCAAAUUUCUCGAAGUGAUAAAGCCGUUCUGCAGUAUACUGCCGGAAAUAGCGAAGCCGCAACGGAAGAUCCAGUUCAAAGAAAAAGUGCUAUGGACGGCGAUUACGUUGUUUAUCUUUUUAGUAUGCUGCCAGAUUCCCUUGUUCGGUAUUAUGUCCUCGGACAGUGCGGAUCCAUUUUACUGGAUUCGUGUGAUACUUGCAUCAAACAGAGGAACCCUUAUGGAGUUAGGUAUUUCGCCAAUCGUUACUUCUGGUCUUAUCAUGCAACUGCUUCAUGGCGCAAAGAUUAUCGAGGUCGGCGAUACACCAAAAGAUAGAGCAUUAUUCAACGGCGCGCAAAAAUUAUUUGGCAUGGUUAUUACCGUUGGGCAAGCCAUUGUUUAUGUAAUGACUGGAAUGUAUGGAGAUCCAACUGAAAUUGGAGCUGGCGUUUGUCUGCUGAUUAUCAUUCAGUUGUUCGUUGCCGGACUUAUUGUAUUACUAUUGGACGAGCUUCUCCAAAAAGGAUAUGGAUUAGGAAGUGGUAUAUCUCUGUUUAUCGCUACCAACAUUUGCGAGACUAUCGUCUGGAAAGCAUUCUCGCCAGCUACAGUCAACACUGGUCGUGGUACGGAAUUUGAGGGAGCUGUAAUUGCGCUGUUUCAUUUGCUAGCCACCAGACAGGAUAAAGUUCGAGCCCUCCGAGAAGCGUUCUACAGACAGAAUCUUCCAAAUCUGAUGAAUCUUCUCGCCACUAUCCUAGUAUUUGCUAUUGUUAUUUACUUCCAAGGCUUCCGUGUGGAUCUUCCGAUCAAGUCCGCCAGAUAUCGCGGCCAGUACAGCAGUUAUCCGAUCAAAUUAUUUUAUACCAGUAACAUUCCAAUUAUCCUACAGUCGGCUUUGGUGUCCAACUUAUAUGUCAUUUCUCAGAUGCUGGCCGUUAAAUUUCAAGGAAAUCUUAUAGUGAAUUUACUAGGCGUUUGGUCGGACGUCGGUGGCGGAGGCCCCGCAAGAUCAUAUCCAGUCGGCGGAUUAUGUUAUUAUUUAUCACCUCCAGAAUCGGUCGGUCAUAUAGUUCAAGAUCCUGUUCACGCUGUGCUCUACAUCCUCUUUAUGCUCGGCUCGUGCGCUUUCUUCUCUAAGACGUGGAUCGAGGUCUCCGGAAGCUCAGCGAAGGAUGUUGCUAAACAAUUAAGAGAACAACAGAUGGUAAUGCGAGGCCACAGAGAUAAUUCUAUGAUUCGCGAGCUGAAUCGGUACAUUCCGACUGCCGCGGCAUUCGGUGGACUAUGUAUCGGAGCUCUUUCCGUAUUGGCGGACUUCUUGGGCGCGAUCGGUUCCGGUACCGGUAUCUUACUUGCUGUCACAAUCAUAUACCAAUACUUCGAGAUCUUUGUGAAGGAACAAAGUGAAAUGGGUGGCAUGAGCACGUUACUCUUCUAAACUUAAUUCACCUAUAGACUUGAAAAGUGAACUUUUUUAAUUCUGAAGAACUGAGUAAUAAUUUAUUGUAAAGUAAGAGAGUCGGAUUGGCAGCUGUGUGUGUAUGUCAAAGCUCAUAGAAUGAUAGACAAACACUACGGCGCCAGACGAAAGUUCCCCAUUGUUAUAUAUAAAAAGUCGCACAUAUUUAACUUACCAUUGGUAUAUUGUUGAUGCUCUGCUCAAAAGAUUAUAUUGUCGAUAACUUCUUAAAAAAAAUCUUCUAUAUGUGCUUCUUUUAUAUAUAUAAGAAUAUAUUAACGUGACCAUUGACACGCAAUAUACUUUCAGAUCUUGAAAAUAACAUUAUUUUACAUUACUUACGAGAUCUUCAUUCAUUCGUUAUUAAAAAAAAAAGAGCGUGCCCUUUAUUUUUACAUUAAAUGUUAUGAAAGAGAGAUACAAACGAUCAAACGCUGUGUCAAACGGUAUACGAAGCACCAACUGAGGCAAGAUACAUUGACGGAGCGUAGAGAACUAAUAAAGAACACGGACAUAACAUUUAAUGCUCGCAAAUGCAAGCGCGGAAGAUUUCUCGGUAUAUAUACCAUCGUGCUUGCAUACAAGAUAUAAUAUCUUUCGUACAAACGAGCAAGCAGUGUACAUAGUAAGAAAGUAAUUAAAUAUUUUCAACAUUUUUUACUAGCAUUUCUGAGCUCUUGCGAUUUGACGCAGGCGGAGCCGCGUGAAGACUCAAUGGCGUACGAUAAUAAAAUCGUGACGUUUGUAUGAAUUGAAUCGACUUUACAUACGAUUAUACGAAAUAAUCAUUUCAGUUAGGACGAGGCACCCACCUAGGGUAUUCGUGCAGUAAUUCGAACCAGCGUUCGUUCAUCUUAAGUACCAUUCAUUCCUGUAUCGAUAAUAAUAUAAAGUAAAUUGAUAUUUUUGUUUCUUACAUAUGUAUUUAGGAGAGAGAAUGUGCUUUUAUAAAUAUUAAAAUAUCUAUAUAUAUUUUUUCUCUUUGUCUUCCUUGUUUCAUUCCUCGCUUUCAUUACAUUUUGUUAUUGCUAUACAUAAUCUCAUCUCGAAUCAUUAAAUGAAUUUUCUAAGAGAAAGAAUCGUAGAACAAAUUUCUAUCCAUAUUAUUAAUUAAGAAUUAAUUAUCGAUUAUAUCAUAAAGAAAAGAAUCCAUGUAUUAUGUAAUACGUUACAUACUUAAAGCAGAAUGUAUACAAGAAAUUAGUAAAGAUUACUUCCUAUUUUAUACAAUGUGUGAUUGUCAUUUUCUACUUUAUAUUUAGGAUUGUUAUAAGAUAUAUAUGAAUUAUAAUUAUUGUUAUAGGGUAUCAAUGUAACAGGAAGAGAACUAAGUGUCCAAAUGUACUUAUUGUUAAUGGUGUUUAAUACAUGAAAUCUGUGAAAAUAU